AUGCGGGGCCCGAGCCGGGCCCUGUGGCUGCUCCUGGCUCUGCGCACCGUGCUCGGUGGCAUGGAGGUGCGGUGGUGCGUCACCUCAGACCCGGAGCAGCACAAGUGCAGCAACAUGAGCACGGCCUUCCGGGAAGCGGGCAUCCAGCCCUCCCUCCUCUGCGUCCAGGGCACCUCGCCUGACCACUGCAUCCAGCUCAUCGCGGCCCAGGAGGCCGACGCCAUCACUCUGGAUGGAGGAGCCAUCUAUGAGGCGGGAAAGGAGCAUGGCCUGAAGCCCGUGGUGGGCGAAGUGUACGAUCAAGAGGUUGGCACCUCCUAUUACGCCGUGGCUGUGGUCAAGAGGAGCUCCCAAGUGACCAUCAACACCCUGAAAGGCGUGAAGUCCUGCCACACGGGCAUCAAUCGCACAGUGGGCUGGAACGUGCCCGUGGGCUACCUGGUGGAGAGCGGCCGCCUCUCGGUGAUGGGCUGCGAUGUACUCAAAGCUGUCAGCGACUAUUUUGGGGGCAGCUGCGUCCCAGGGGCAGGAGAGACCCGUUACUCUGAGUCCCUCUGUCGCCUCUGCAGGGGUGACAGCUCUGGGGAAGGGGUGUGUGACAAGAGCCCCCUGGAGAGAUACUACGACUACAGCGGGGCCUUCCGGUGCCUGGUGGAAGGGGCAGGGGACGUGGCCUUUGUGAAGCACAGCACGGUACUGGAGAACACGGAUGGGAAGACGCUUCCCUCCUGGGGCCAGGCCCUGCUGUCACAGGACUUCGAGCUGCUGUGCCGGGAUGGCAGCCGGGCUGACGUCACCGAGUGGAGACAGUGCCAUCUGGCCCGGGUGCCUGCUCACGCUGUGGUGGUCCGAGCCGACACAGAUGGGGGCCUCAUCUUCCGGCUGCUCAACGAAGGCCAGCGUCUGUUCAGCCACGAGGGCAGCAGCUUCCAGAUGUUCAGCUCUGAGGCCUAUGGCCAGAAGGAUCUGCUCUUCAAAGACUCCACCUCGGAGCUUGUGCCCAUCGCCACGCAGACCUACGAGGCGUGGCUGGGCCAGGAGUACCUGCACGCCAUGAAGGGUCUGCUCUGUGAUCCCAACCGGCUGCCCCCCUACCUGCGCUGGUGUGUGCUCUCCACUCCUGAGAUCCAGAAGUGUGGAGACAUGGCCGUGGCCUUUGGCCGGCAGCAGCUCAAGCCAGAGAUCCAGUGCGUGUCAGCCAAGUCCCCCCAGCACUGCAUGGAGCAGAUCCAGGCUGGGCAAAUUGACACUGUGACCCUGAGCGGCGAGGACAUUUACACGGCGGGGAAGACGUACGGCCUGGCUCCGGCAGCUGGCGAGGGCUAUGCUUCGGAAGACAGCAGCAACUCGUACUUCGUGGUGGCGGUGGUGAGGCGGGACAGCUCCCACGCCUUCACCUUGGAUGAGCUUUGGGGCAAGCGCUCCUGCCACGCUGGCUUCGGCAGCCCUGCAGGCUGGGAUAUCCCCGUGGGCGCCCUCAUUCGGAGAGGCUUCAUCCGGCCCAAGGACUGCGACGUCCUCACAGCGGUGAGUGAGUUCUUCAAUGCCAGCUGCGUGCCCGUGAACAACCCCAAGAACUACCCUUCCUCACUGUGUGCGCUGUGUGUUGGGGACGAGCAGGGCCGCAACAAGUGUGUGGGCAACAGCCAGGAGCGGUACUAUGGCAACAGCGGCGCCUUCAGAUGCCUGGUGGAGAAUGCGGGCGACGUUGCCUUCGUCAGGCACACGACCGUCUUUGACAACACAAAUGGCCACAAUUCCGAGCCCUGGGCUGCUGAGCUCAGGUCAGAGGACUAUGAACUGCUGUGCCCCAACGGGGCCCGGGCCGAGGUGUCCCAGUUUGCAGCCUGCAACCUGGCACAGAUGCCACCCCAUGCCGUCAUGGUCAGACCAGACACCAACAUCUUCACCGUGUAUGGACUGCUGGACAAGGCCCAGGACCUGUUUGGAGACGACCACAAUAAGAAUGGGUUCAAAAUGUUCGACUCCUCCAACUAUCAUGGCCAAGACCUGCUUUUCAAGGAUGCCACCGUCCGGGCGGUGCCUGUCGGGGAGAAAACCACCUACCGCGACUGGCUGGGGCUGGACUACGUGGCGGCGCUGGAAGGGAUGCUGUCUCAGCAGUGCUCGGGCGCAGCGGCCCCGGCGCCCGGGGCGCCCCUGCUCCCGCUGCUGCUGCCCGCCCUCGCCGCCCGCCUGCUCCCGCCCGCCCUCUGAGGCCCGGCCGCCCCGCCGGAGCCCGCGCCCUGGGAGACCCGCCGCGCCCCAGAGCUGCCGGAGCUGCGAUUCCCGCCCGGGGAGUUUCCGCGGCGGCUUCGCGCUGGAAUCCAGAAGGAAGCUCGGGAAGGCCGGGCCCGGCGCGGGCGGGAGCAGGCGCCUCCCCGGGAGCCCCGCCGCCCACGGGCGCCACCUGGCGCUGCCACCUGGCGCUGCUACCUGAGGCGCCGCCCCCGGGCCCGCGCGGCCCUUCCCGCCAACCGCCGCCUCCCGCCACCUGGAGCCGCGCGGGCCGCGCCGGAGGAGGCCGGUUGCCCAGGAAACCGCUGAGCCCGGGCUUCCCGCCGCCCGCCCCGCAGAGCCGCCGAGGGGCCGGCCCGCCUCCUCCGCGCAGCCCUGCGCCCCCGUCCGCGAGGCCCCCUGGGGACGCGGUGGCCACCGAGGCACCUACUUCCGGAGGCUGCAGCCAGGCGCUCCAAGGAGGCCCGGCCCCGGCGCCAACGGGACCAGCCCGUGGGACAGCGGCCUCUGCUGGCGGGGGAGGGAGGGAGGCCGAACCAGGGCGACGGGGAGAAACCCGCCGGGGACCCCUCGAGGAAGGGACCUUGUCCAGGGUGGGGGCUCCAGUUCCUCCGACCGCCCAUGCGCUGGGAGGGAGGCCGGCCCCGGGGACUCUGUGCCCCGCCUCGUCCCCCACUGUGGCCGCGCCAGCUCCAGCCCGGGCCAGCCGUCCGCGGAUCCCCCUCCUGAGUCUCCUCAGGCUCUCGCCUCCCGCACCCCCAUGGAUGCCCACCGCCCGCACCCACGCCCGAGCUGCCCCGAGCCGCCCCGAGCCUGAAGGGAGCGGGAGGCGAGCCCCCUGAAGGGCUGGGCGUGGGGACACGCCAUUCCUCCGGUUCCGAACGCGGGUGGGGGGUGAGCUCCGGCUCCUCACUCGGCCCUGCACCUACUGGGCCCGGCACCGCUCACACCCCGUUCCCGCCCCUGCGCGAGGCCGCAGAAAGAGCCUGGCCAGGGCCUCUCUCUACUCCAUUUUGCCAGUUGUCUGAGAAGCCAAAAAAAGUUUCUAGAACUGCCAGCCCUUAAAAAAAAUGAAAAGGAAGAGAAGAAAUGGGAGCAGGCAGCCCUCGUCAGCAGACUGGGAGCCGCGUGGGCCCGGAGCUAUUUGCAUUCCGGUCUGCGGGGGCUCGGGGAUGCUGGUGACAGGCCUGGUUCCCGGUGGCUCGCCCCCACCUGUGGGCGUCGGGAAGGAUUUCUUCCAUCUCUCAGCGGCAGAGGAGGCCCUGGCAUCGUCCUGGCUGCAGCCGGGCAAUCCCAAGGAGUCCUGGUCACCGUCACCCCGCCGGGAGGGGCCACAGGACCUGGGCCUCUGCCACCAAGCUUUGUCCCCUCUUGCUGUAGGGAGCCAGUGAUUCUCCUCCGACCUGAUGAUUGCUUGGUUUUUUUAAAGGGAGAUUUGAGGGGUGAGAAGUGCGUUUCUGUGUGGCUACUCCGGGCUAGUGUGCUGUGGGUCAUUGAAGGUGUGGCCUGCGUGGGUGCAGUGACAUUGGAUUGUCAGGUGGCAGUAGGGGAGCCCUGCUAUGUCAGUGCUAAUGAAAGAUGUUGGUUUGUUUCUGAAAUAAAGCUAAACAAGCCUGCACAUGCAGAGGCUUGGACCCUGGUAGAAA